UUCCUCUCUGUCUUUGUAUUUUUCCACCCUGUCAAGAAUAGAGCAGCUGUUCAUCUAAACAGGCUUGUAGGAGCCUGCCGACGUCCAGCUCAGCAGCCAGGUCUGACCUUGUCCCCUGCUGGGUCUCUCUCUCCUUCUCUGGCCCCUUGGUUCUCCUGAGACCCCCUAAAGACCUCCAUCGCCUCUCUUCUCGCACUCACUCCCGUCCACUCGCCAUGAAACUGUGGCUUUUCCUAACACUGGCCGUACUUUGGUUAGAGCUCCAAGAUGGCGCCGGCCAGCUAGCCAAGCGUAGGAAGGAGGCCGGAGAGAACCGCAUCCGUCCGGGGGGCAAGCGCGUCAAGGUGCGCUACCCCAAACUGAAGGACAAGGAUGCUGGAGGGAAGGGCCAGUCCCUCCUCACCCAGGUACUGGAUAAGGGCCGUUUCCUCCGGCUGGGAGACAGCGUGAGCCUGAGCCCAGGGAAGACCCUGGAGCUGCGCUGUAAAGGCAGCAACAUCGGCUGGGGCUACCCCUCCUACCUAGACACUUUCAACGACUCUCGUCUCAGUAUUAAGCAGAGUGACAAGUACAGCCAGUUGAUCCUGACGUCGCCCUCUGCUGCUGACACAGGGACCUACAGCUGCUGGGUCAUUCUGUGUGACGGGAGCGAAUGUCACCAAGACCCUGACCGCAUUUCCACCUCGUAUAUCUAUUUUACUGACAUGGACAACCUCUUUGUCCCCUCGGCCAUCCACUUUGAGAUCGUCUACCUGCGCCCCGACAAGCCGGCCAUCGUGCCCUGCCGAGUGACCAGUCCCCUGGCCAAGGUGUCGCUGCAUCUGGAGGUGCCUCCAGAGGAGAUAAACGGAACCCUGGUGACCUAUGACCCCACCCGGGGCUUCAUCCUGCAGAACAUCGGCCCAGAGCACCAGGGGGUGUUCUACUGCAAGGCUGUGACCAAGGCCACCCCCCAAGUCUCCACUAAGUACCAGCUACUCUACGUGGAGGUUCCCAGCGGCCCACCCUUUGUCACCCUGGAGCCCUCCUCUACCUUGGCUAGGGAGGGUGACACCAUCAACAUCACCUGUACCGUCCUGGGGGAGCCAGAGGUGGAUGUGAGCUUCACCUGGACCCACCCUGGACAGGAGCGCCGGCCUGUGGACAUCCAGACCUCCAGGAGGCUGAUAAACCAAGGGAUGGGACACACCACCCGUAUCUCACACAGCGUCAUCACCAUCCACGAUCUGGAGACCAGUGACCUGGGCAGGUACAUCUGCCGGGCAAAGAACCCGCACGGGGAGACGGCUGUGUCCACCAGGAUCAGUUCUACCUCGCCUGGAGCCUGAAGGGGCUGUAGAAACCUGGUGCUUGCUAUGAAGUUACCCUGGAAGGUUCAAGCCUUUCACUUCAGACAAUGGUAAAUGUUGGUUGUUUAGUCACAAGGAAUGUGAAUUUUCCUAUUUGUGGAACAUAGAAGGUAAUUUGCAAAGUGAGAACACAACCUAUGUUGUGAAUAUACAUAAUAUUGCUUGUUGUUGGGGUAUAUCUGCACAUCCAAUGUAAAUAUAAAUCACACUGCAAUGAAUCUGAAUGUAUCUGGCUUGUAUACUGUAGAUGGUCAUUUAAAUGCUCAAUGUUUAUAUUUGGUAACACAUUAAAGACUU